UUAGCAGUAGUCGUGUUGGUUACAUUGUCAGGAAAAUGACGUGCGUCCCGUGCAUCCGCGCCUCGUGAUAAUUCGCUCGUGUGACUCGCAGUAGGAACUCUCGCUUCGGCUCAAUCCGCUCCUUACGUUCGUACGUCACGAGGGAGUCGAGGCGGAAACGCAUACUCGUAAGACGUGAUUGAUUGUGUACUCUGUCGCACGGAUAAGCACGCGAGCCACCGCCGCCACCGCCGUCAUCAUCAUCGUCGCUACCGCUGCACGGCUAACCUAAAUAUUCGGCGGCCGUAACGUAAUUUUCUCUCUUUCUCUGUCUCUCUUUCUCCCUCUGUCUCACUCUCCUCGUUUUUUCUCUCCUUCCCCCCCAUCUUUUUCUUUUCCUCUCAGUCUCUCGAUCUCCAUCUCUCUCGCUCUCCGUGGACACGUCGUCAUCGACGACAGCCGUGCCCGUCGCACGUCAACGCGACGCAACUCCCUCGCUUCGUGUGCUAACAACGCGAGCCGCGAGAAUCCCGUAGCGAGGAUAUCCCGCAGCGGAUUCGUGAGUGCAUGUCGCGCGGACACGUCGCGCUUCGAACAGUGCGUCUGAAUCGCGGUGGAGUGCGCGCCGCGCUUCUUCCGUCGUCCUCAUCGCCGUCGGCUCAUCACGCGGAACCACCGUUGCGUUUCGUAAUUUCGCACGGAGGCGGAACACCGCGGGACAGUCCCCUGCGCCGCGACAACACCUUUGAAAUUGUUAGUGUGAAUGAACGUAUACAAUCACUGAGCGGAUAACAUUGGUGAAGUAUCAACGAAGCAGUAACCAUGGAGGACGGCCAUUCUAAAACCGUGGAAGAGGUGGUAAAUUACUUCGGUGUCGAUUCUGAAAAAGGACUGUCUCCGGAUCAAGUCAAGAGGAACCAGGAGAAGUAUGGUCUCAACGAAUUGCCAGCUGAGGAGGGAAAAUCCAUCUGGCAACUCGUCUUGGAACAGUUCGAUGACCUUCUAGUUAAGAUUCUUCUAUUAGCUGCUAUAAUUUCUUUUGUAUUAGCCUUAUUUGAAGAGCACGAGGAUGCGUUCACGGCCUUCGUCGAACCCUUCGUCAUCCUGCUCAUCCUUAUCGCCAACGCCGUGGUCGGCGUCUGGCAGGAACGAAAUGCCGAGUCCGCGAUCGAGGCGCUCAAGGAGUACGAGCCCGAGAUGGGUAAAGUCGUGCGAUCGGACAAAUCUGGCGUGCAGAGGAUCCGGGCCAAGGAGAUCGUACCCGGCGACAUCGUGGAGGUGUCGGUCGGCGACAAGAUCCCAGCCGACAUCCGUCUCUCCAAGAUUUUCUCGACCACCCUCAGGAUCGACCAGUCUAUCCUGACUGGCGAAUCAGUGUCUGUCAUCAAGCACACCGACCCGGUGCCCGACCCACGCGCUGUCAAUCAGGAUAAGAAGAACAUCUUGUUCUCUGGUACCAACGUCGCUGCUGGAAAGGCCCGCGGUGUCGUUAUUGGAACCGGCUUGAACACGGCCAUCGGUAAAAUCCGUACUGAGAUGUCGGAGACCGAGGAAAUCAAGACGCCGUUGCAGCAGAAAUUGGACGAGUUCGGUGAACAGCUGUCGAAGGUUAUCUCUGUGAUUUGCGUCGCCGUAUGGGCCAUAAACAUCGGCCACUUCAACGAUCCGGCUCAUGGCGGAUCCUGGAUCAAGGGUGCCAUCUACUACUUCAAGAUUGCCGUCGCUCUUGCCGUAGCCGCUAUUCCUGAGGGUUUGCCCGCUGUAAUUACGACUUGCUUGGCCCUGGGCACCAGGCGUAUGGCCAAGAAGAACGCCAUUGUGCGAUCCCUGCCGUCCGUAGAGACUCUGGGCUGCACGUCUGUCAUCUGCUCCGACAAAACUGGCACUCUGACGACCAACCAGAUGUCUGUCAGCCGAAUGUUCAUCUUUGACAAGGUCGAGGGUAACGACAGCAGCUUCCACGAGUUCGAGAUCACCGGGUCGACUUACGAACCCAUUGGCGAGGUUUUCCUGAGGGGACAGAAAAUCAAGGGACAGGAUUACGAAACGUUACACGAGAUUGGCACUAUCUGCAUUAUGUGCAAUGACUCCGCUAUCGACUUCAACGAGUUCAAACAGGCAUUCGAGAAGGUCGGCGAAGCCACCGAGACCGCCCUGAUCGUACUCGCGGAGAAGAUCAACCCGUUCGGUGUCCCGAAGACCGGUCUCGAUCGCCGAACCGGCGCCAUUGUUGUCAGGCAGGACAUUGAGACGAAAUGGAAGAAGGAAUUCACGCUGGAGUUCUCUCGCGAUCGUAAAUCCAUGUCGUCGUACUGCGUGCCUCUGAAGUCGUCGAAGCUGGGAACCGGACCGAAGUUGUUCGUCAAGGGUGCGCCGGAAGGUGUGUUGGACAGGUGCACGCACUGCCGCGUUGGUAGCCAGAAGGUUCCGCUCACUUCGACCCUGAAGAACCGUAUUCUCGAGCUGACCAGGCAAUACGGAACUGGUAGGGAUACCCUGCGCUGCCUCGCCCUUGCCACCGCCGACCACCCGAUAAAGCCCGAAGACAUGGAUCUCGGCGACUCCACCAAAUUCUACACAUACGAGAAGGAUCUCACGUUCGUCGGUGUGGUAGGCAUGCUUGACCCGCCUCGCAAGGAAGUAUUCGACUCGAUUGUCAGGUGCCGCGCCGCCGGCAUCCGUGUAAUUGUUAUCACUGGCGACAACAAGGCUACCGCCGAGGCCAUCUGCCGACGUAUCGGCGUCUUCGGCGAGGAUGAAGACACCACCGGAAAAUCGUAUUCCGGGCGUGAAUUCGACGACUUGCCGAUAGCGGAACAGAAGGCCGCUUGUGCCAGGUCUCGUCUCUUCUCCCGCGUAGAACCGGCCCACAAGUCCAAGAUUGUUGAGUAUUUGCAGAGCAUGAAUGAAAUUUCUGCCAUGACUGGUGACGGUGUGAAUGACGCUCCCGCUUUGAAGAAGGCUGAGAUCGGUAUUGCUAUGGGCUCUGGCACCGCGGUCGCGAAAUCGGCUUCGGAGAUGGUGUUGGCAGACGACAACUUCUCCUCCAUCGUAGCUGCUGUAGAGGAAGGCCGUGCCAUCUACAAUAACAUGAAACAAUUUAUCCGUUAUCUCAUCUCUUCCAACAUUGGCGAGGUCGUCAGUAUAUUCUUGACUGCCGCUCUUGGUCUUCCCGAGGCUCUGAUCCCGGUUCAGCUUCUGUGGGUCAACCUGGUCACUGAUGGUCUUCCAGCCACUGCUCUUGGUUUCAACCCGCCUGACUUGGACAUCAUGAGCAAGCCUCCCCGAAAAGCUGACGAAUCUCUGAUUUCUGGAUGGCUAUUUUUCCGCUACUUGGCCAUUGGUUUCUACGUAGGCGCUGCCACUGUCGGCUCGGCUGCCUGGUGGUUCAUGUACAGCCCGAAUGGUCCUCAAAUGAAUUAUUAUCAAGUGACUCACCACUUGGCGUGUAUUGGCGGUGGAGAGGAAUUCAAGGGCAUCAACUGCAAGAUCUUCUCUGAUCCUCAUCCUAUGACUAUGGCUCUUUCUGUACUGGUCACCAUUGAAAUGUUAAACGCCAUGAACAGCUUAUCCGAGAAUCAGUCGCUCAUCACCAUGCCGCCUUGGUCCAACCUGUGGCUCAUCGCCUCCAUGGCUCUUUCUUUCACACUCCAUUUCGUCAUCCUGUACGUCGAGGUUCUUUCGUCCGUAUUCCAAGUGACCCCGCUAACGGGUGAAGAAUGGCUUACCGUUAUGAAGUUCUCCAUUCCAGUGGUACUUCUCGACGAAACCUUGAAGUUCAUUGCCAGAAAGAUCACAGACGGUGAGAAUCCAAUUUACACCGUACAUUGGAUCGUUCUAAUGUGGGCUGUGUUCUUUGGACUGUUGCAUAUCUGUCCCAUAUAGAACGUCCGUGAAGUAAUAAUAUUAGUCUAGCAGACGAUGUUUUUUUCCUAUGGAAAAGCAUCUGCGACUAAAUCCUUGGACUCGCAAUUGCAUUUAACCGAAGCUCUUCCCACCGUGACGCGGGAAGGGGCGAGAUAAGUUAUUAACAAAGUGCGUUCAAGUGAGAUUUUAACAAGUUUUGACUGUUGUGCAUGGUGUUAGUUACGACCAUAUACGAGAGAUAAAAAAGAUACGCCACUAAGGCCCACCAUGCCCGCAUCAUACACCGUGCCCUGACGUCGUUCAACGAUCACGGGUUUCGAGUGGCAUCGAAUGAUCUAAGAGAGACCCCCCCGUCGUAAAUCAAAGAUUGUGAUCGUUAAAUUAUUUUCUACGAGUGCCUUUUGAACAUUCAAUUUCCUCUGCAACAAACACGAAACUGUUCAUAGAUGUUCUUUCCGAUAUAGAUAUGUUUGACGAUACUCUAUCCUUCAAUCCUUUUCCUGUGCACUAUUAUUUAUGAUUUUUUUUCCUUUUUUUCUUUCUUUUAUAUAUCUGUUUUGCACUCUUUUGUGGUUAGUGUUCGGAUAGUUGUGGCAAGUCCUGUGGCACAUUAAUGCAGAUGAGACCCACGUUAAUUUAUGUAUUCUUCCAUCUAUAUUUUUCGCCGAUAUCGAUUGCAACACAAGUUUUUGAUAUCUUAUGUAUAAUUGAUCUUCUCUCUCUUCGAUCGAUUUGAAAAGUACAAAGUUACGCCUGUCAUUUCACACCGGGGAUAAUAACUUUGGCUUCGUCGUAAACAAACAGUAUGAUACAUUUGCGACGUAUCAUAAAACAUAGAAACAUUCCUAUUAGAAUAAUACGCGCGUUAAUACAACGAGGACAAUAAAAUGUUCGACAGAAAUAUAGAUGGAACGAAGGACUCCUAAUAGUAGCAGUAGUAAUGGUAGUAGAUGUAUUAUAUUUGCCCCUUGAUUUUAUUUUCAGGCUAAUGCACGCACGCACCAAAAAAUGAGCGUAACAUUCGGUUCGCGCGAUUAACGUGCAAUCGUUUAUUAAAUUCCGCUUACAUUUUUCUUUUCCACUGCUUUCGAUGUUGCUUUGUUAUAAACCACGUUUAUUAAUGGAUUCUUAGUGUCUGAUGUGCCCGUUCCAACCCCGAAGUCCAAACCGGAGCUGUCCGAGCAUUUGCUGAAAUUCUAAAGGAAUGAUCGUGCAAGGACUUCGCGCUAACGGAUCUCAUUUUGUAUCCUGCAUACCGUGUCUUCCUUCCCAUAGAGAUAAUGCAUGCACGGUAUAAUUAACACAGCACGUUCUGUAAGAUCCUCUCUUGUUGUAAUCUAUUUUUAUUCAAUUACACAAUGUCCCACUGUGCGACGCGAUUAACGAAUUGCUUGACUCUGCAUGAAACGGAAAGGUUUAUUUUUAUGUUUUCGCGUGUUAUCAUCUUAUUUCGAGACUGUGCGUUGUUCUAGUCUGUAACGAACGAAUGAAACAAUCGUGAAGUGAAAUUUUGUAAAUAUCUACGUAAUCAAGUUUUUUUUUUUAAGAAUAAAUAUUAGCAUUCGCAAACCAGCGACGAUUAGCGUUAACCGCGAUUCGCACAGUGGGAUUCUUUCAAAUUCUUUUUUGCACUGGUUUACAACACAAAUAUCUGUCCCUAUGUGUAUAACCCAUACAUGUGAUUUAUGUAUUUGAAAGAUUUAUGCAAUGCAACAGAUUCGCGUAUUGCUAAUUUCCGGAUAUGGACUGCGAAGACUCGUAAGUGUAAGAUAAGGCAACCGUCAAAGCAGAGGAAAAUAUUUGAACAUCGUAAACCUCUCUCGUACGCGCGAAACAGACGGGGCAGUCCGUACAUUUUUUCCAAUGCAUUCGUUCAUGUUAUCAGAACAGUGUUCCGAACACGAAUACACUCGACGAUCAAUUUUGAAUAUCAAGUAGUUACGCAGUAUUAUGUGAAAAAAUUAAUAUCAAAUGACAUAAAUUUUUUUUAAUUAAUUUAUCACCGAUGAGAUUAUAUUUGGCAAAAUAGGCGCAUCAUUGUUCUCGAAAGUAUUUUUGCAUUCAGCUUCUGUUUCAAAUAUCAAAUUUAUAAGGACGUUCCCAGUCGUUAAAUUCUGACUUCAUGAAAUUUUGCAAAUAUGUAUAGGAGAGGUCGAUAAAUAAGUUUAGUGAUUUUUAACUUGCAAAAACAAUUUCAAUCAUUGCCUGACAGCAAGCGAAAAGUUUGCGUAAUAGCUUUCCUAUGUAUGUGCGCAGGAUUUCGUUAAGGAUCGGUGAUUGAUCUGCUUUGUCGAACUGUGAUAGUUUUAUUAGCAAAGAGUCAUUUAUUCGAAGUACGUCAUAAGUUACAAGGGAUCUUUCGGUUUGCUUUUCGCACUUCUGAGAUCGCAGUCUCAGAUGAAUCAAACGUAGACAUCGCCGAUCCUCAGAAUUUUUGCGUCGAGGAACGAUUCAUGGUCAGGAAAUAUUUCUCGAUCGAGUGAAUACGAGUUCGGCCACUGUGUUUAGCUACACGCGCCACAUACGAAACGAAUAAUCGGUGUCGUCACGAGUAUACGUGGGCCUUCGAUGCAUCUGACCGCUUAGUCAGUUCAUCCCUUAGAGCGUAUUCUGUCGAUGAAAGCAUAAUCCGCAUUUUAGUACGUGAAGUGUGCAACUAGCAGUCAAAGAACGGAGACUGAAGUUGAGAAAAAUCGAGAAAAUACUGACAAAAGCAGCACUUAGUCUUUCAGUCAUGCUGUUCCUUUGCUCCGUGCUAUUGGCACGUGUAAAACCCUCGUCUUUCAUGCGACAUUUCUACAAUCUUGGUUCUUUAUUACUUCAGAUCAGCAUAUCGUUGCAGAACAAGAGCAACGACAAAUUAAUCGACAGUAAUAAAGUAACGAGUUAAAGACGAUGUCGCGUCACAAGACAACGAUUUAAAAAAUCGGAGGAUACUUUCAUCAGUAGUGUACGAUUUAAGAUUUCAUCCGGAUCUUCGUAGAAACCGCCGCAAUUCAGCGUACGAAGCGCGACGCACGUCCGCUUUUCUCGGGCACGUGCAAACGCAACAAGACUGACGAUGUGCUCCGCGGAAGAGCGGACGUGUCCGCUUGCGCUUUCGGGGCGCGCGAGGCAUAAUAAUUUAAUUGCGCCGUAGCCGGGCGCGCCAAGAGUCGGCCGCAUUCUCGCGCGGCGCGAUAGUGUAAUAUAAUUAAUUAAUUAGUAAAAAUGGUUAAGGCGUGAUACUUUGGUAUGGGCAUAACUAAAACUUAAUCAGACCGAACGAGUUAGAGCGCUGCCGCACUAACGAACUUGUGUCUCGAGUAAUGUUUCGUUCCGCGAGUUACGCAAUUAAUUUUUUAGUGUGAGCUACCGGCGUGUGUCCCUCAGCUGAUACCUGUGCCGCAAGUUCUCGCUUUGCGCAUCCAUAAACACCACUUCAUGCUGAAUUCCUCGCACUUCGUAGAGUAACGAUGUUGGCGAUAAAAAAAAAAAAAAAAAAAAAAAUUUAAUUGUAUUUAAAAGUUGGUUACAAUUGAUAAAAAUUUAAAAUUUAUGAAACUCAAACUUGUUCAGAGGUAAUCUAAAUAUUUUAAACUUUGUCGAGAAACGUCUCGCGAUGCUCGUCGACAUCAUGUUUAUCCUACGACGGCGCAGAAUUCCGGAUACGUUACUCAUUCGCAUACACGACGAUUAAGUUAAUUGACGCGUUUACUAAACGCACAUGUAUAUGCGCGGGGAUCAGCGUCGGUACGAAGAGUCUAUUGCAGUUCUAUGACGCUCAAUAAAUUCGACGAAAUUAACCGGGGAGCCUGGAUGCAAGAUUAUGCAAGCGGCGAGUCUUAAAGAAACUGAAAAAUAGCUUUAAGCCUGUAAAUUAUUAAGCUAGAAGAGAAUCUAGUAAAAUAGUACAAAUAUUUGACAUUGUUUGAGAAAAAGGCACUUUGUUUUUGAGCAAGUUUUUCUGGUUUCUUCGGGAUUCAUCACUUAUUACUAUCUUGCAUUCGGGUCUCUGCUUCGUCCACGAUAUAUCUGUAAGUACUUGAGUGUGCAUUGUAUUUUAUGUUGAUCGAGAAUGACGGAGUAGUGCCAUCUCGACGAAAGAAUACUGCGUGACGUCACACAAAUAGCGAUGUAUUUUUUUCUUAUCGAAAAAUGAAAUUGUAGCAUAUUAGUUUGUAGUGCCACUUUUCUGUUCGGACAAAUUAUUUUUAUGCAGCUCCUUAAACACUUCACAUAUCACGCAACGGUAUUAAUUAACAGUCUUCGGGACAAAUUAUGUACUUCAUUAUUUGUCAAAAGUUAACUGAGCACUCGUGAAUGAAAAAUAUUUCUCAUCGACCGUUGUGUGACGUCGACAGCCAAACGCAGUGUCGAGCGACGAUGAGACUACGAUCGCGUCGUUUCCUGCAGGAAGUACCUAUUUCUAACGAUAAAAACAAAGUAAUAUUAAUAUUAAAAUAACUUAUGGAACAUUAUGACAAUGAGUGAUUUUGAGUACAUGUUCGCCGCGGACGCGUUUGGCGGCGAAAUACCCGGGACGUUCCCGGUGUAAUCAGAUUCGUAGACAUGAAACAGAGAAAUAAAAAAAAAAAACAAAAAACAAAUAAAGAGAGAAAAAGAAUCGAACAUGAAUUCGAACUGCUACGCGAGUUACGCGAUUGAAUCUAUAUACAUACGAUAAGUAUAAUUACGUCAUCGUGUAAUUAUCGCCGUUUUCCGUGUUGGCGUACGCAAUUUGUUCAUUUAUCGUCCGAUUCGUCUUCGCCGUAAAUUCGAGCUCGUACGCGAAACGAUAUUAUAACAAGUGAGAAUAUAUGACGGUGAAGCGAUUAUUAGUACAUUACUUGUUAUAAUAAAAAAGAAGAAUCAUGUGUUACUAAUGCAUGUCUCGACUCUCACUAA